ACAUAAACGGAGUACUAAUCCGAGAGAGAGUCCGGGAGACGAUAAGACUUGAGGAUAGUGGGUAGAAGGAAAAUAGACUGAGUGAGUGCGCUUGAAAACGAGUAGGCGCCUACCCAUGUGACUUCGAUGGAGGAGUAAGACAGACUCGUAUCAACCGUACGGUACGCUUCUAUCACCUUGCCUCGAUUUCUCGCUCUUCCUCCCUCCCUCUCUCUUCUCCUCCUUCUUUACGCGAUAACAUCAUCACCGUUUGUCCGUUUGUUCCUCUCUGGAUCUAGGACAUCAAGAUCGGUCUCAUCGGUUCAAAACCAGCACGGCAGUGCUCAGCUUCAACGCGAAUUUCCCCGCAGAAAAUGGCCACCCCGAGAGGGGGUCGUGGAAGGCGGCGUAGUACGAGGGGUAGGGAUGAAGUCUCUAUAGAGGGUCCCCGAGGACGCGGUAUUGGACCAAGUGGCCUUAGCGCUUCUACUGGUUCCGGAACUUACACUCCAACUCUCAGCGGUUCUAGGAGAGGUCAGCAGGCUCGAACCGACCCGAUGCCGAUAGAACCUCUCCUCCGGUUUUUCGGGACUACCGAUAGCGGCGAUACCGCUGUCGGUAGUCCCCUUCCCGGAAGUGUGGUUCAUUCGGUCAGCCUCGACGAUGAUACCGAGCUUCCUGCGACCCCUGAGUCUCAGGGGUCGGCCGGUACGCCUCCUGUGAAGAGCUUCCUUAUCCUGAUCUCGAAGGAAACUCGGAUGAAGAUGCGUUCCCGCCUCAUCGAUGGUGAGCGACUCGACCACGUCACCCGGGCUUCAGAGGCCGUAAGUGGAUUCGUUCCGAAGGAGGAACUCAGCGAGUAUAUCCGUCGCCUCGACCGCGUCAUCCGCUGGAAUACCUUCUUGACGCACAGUAACAUCAAUGCCUAUAACAUGAUCGACUUCGUUACCGACGGAAAGGUUGCUGUAGAUGCCUCCGAGUUUUGGAUCCUUCGUACAAAGAUCCUCGACAAUGUCCGCACCUAUAAGAACAAGAUGCUGGCACGCUUCGAGAUCCAUAUCAAGAGCCUUAUCGAGAUCGAACCCUGGAUCAAGAACAUGAACGAGGAUGGUCUCCGCAAGCGUCUAGAAUCGAAGUUCAACGCCCAGAACUUCCUGUUCGUCUGGUACUACAUGAAGGACUACAUAGACGUCGACAACUCUGCCCCUCUUGGGAAAUGGUUUAUGAAGAAUAUGUACGUCAAUAUGGGCGUGUACGUCAAGUCCUGGAUGGACGAGAACGAGAGUAAGGAUAUCCGGGAGCGGCUUCUUCAAGCCUAUGACCUAUGGGCCCUCAACGAAGCGUUCGAUGACGUCGAUAAGGGCGACUUUAUGGAGUUGUCUCAGAAGUUCCGCAAUGAGCGUAAGAAGAAGAAACGCGACUUUGCCACUAUCAACAAAAAUGUUCAUCGUUAUAGGCGAUCGUCCUGCGAAACAGUCUCCGCUUCGUUCUCGCCAUGAUGGAGAUUCUGAGCCGGAGCAGGCCGCGAGCCUGACGUCGCGUAGUGGUGAGGACCCAUUCGGUGACGACGGCAUCAACCGGGCUAGCGGUACGGGAGAUGGCGAUACCGAGUCCCAGUUUGGUGGGGAUGCCACUCAGGACGAUGAAUACGAGUUCGCUUAUCGAACCAUUUGACCGCCGACUCAUCGCCCCUAAGGUGGGAUAGUGCCGCCGAAGGUGAGGUCGUGUGUAAGGUCGGUCGUGGGUGAGGUCGUGGGUUAGGAACCGCCUGUUAACUAAGAAACGUCAGUCAGGUAGUCGAAAGCAGUAUACCAAGC